UCUAUGCCUACGGAGGGGCGGGUGAAGGGUUUGAGCACACAAAAAACUUCUGGAGUGUCAAGGGUAAACUUUGCUGGAACAGAAUCCAAUACUAUUGAAGUCAAUGGUGAGUCCUUCUUCAGACUUGGUUAAACAACAGAAAAACCACAACAUGCCUCCAUACUGCUUCUGUGGUGUCAUAUGGUGUCUGCAAGCCCCAACAUUCAAAUUCGACUCAAAACGUGUUUUUUGCCUAAAUGUCCUCUGACAUCUUCCAAUGAGGUGCACUCAGGGACCGUCGGAAAUGCUAACGUCCGCAAGCUUAGCUCUUUGGCUGAAAACACAAUGUUAUUGAACUUUUUUCUAGUCUAAUGUGAAUGUUGGGGCUUCCGGACACUUGGAUGACACCACACGCGCAGUAUGAAGGCAUGUUAUGAUUUUUCAGUUGUUUUGUUACAUCUGAAGAUAGGUCACUAAUCAGCUAAACCAUUUACCCCUGAAACUCCAAAAGUGCUGGACUCAAACACUUCACCCACCCCUCCAUCAGCAUUGGGGAAAUUAAUCUUUUCGAUCAGUGGCCAAAACGUCCCUGAGCAUCACACCAAUAGAAAACAGCAACAGAAAAAACCUUUCAACUAGCCAAUCACCACCUUCAUUUCCUUUAACGGAAAAGUCUGCACAGGAUAUGAACCCAAGUUUAGACUUUUGGACUAGAGUGUCUUUCUUUAUCUGAUCGUGAUCAAAGAUGGAUCAGUUGCAUGUUCUCAUCAUCCUUCUCGGGCUGUUGCCAGCAGUCAAGCUCAUGUCUCUGGAUCAGUGUUGAAUCUGACAGUGAGCCCAGGAGAAAACGCCACUCUCUAUUGUGACUGCAAAAGUUCCACUGGAGUAUAUAUAGUGUGGUACAGGAACUGUUCUCAUGUGAACCAGCCAACGCUUGUUAUGAAGACAAGAUACCCAUCUGAAGAAUUACCACUAAACCGUGAAUACAAAGACAAUCUGCAUCCCUUCUCUCGUUUCCACCUGAUGGAGAAUAACUUAUCUGAAUCCUACGACCUGCUGAUCACGAACAUCAGUGACUCUGAUGAGGGUCUCUACUACUGUGGAACAGAAGAGGCCAACACGGGGAAGAAUGAACACCAGGAUAAAUAUAUACCUACAAGAUAUGGCAAUGUCACAAGAAUGAUUUUAACGUUUGAGUCUGAACAACGUGAGACUGCUCAAAGCUGUGAUCUGUGCUGGAAGCUGCUUUUCUCUCUGUGUCCAGCUUCCGCCGUUCUCUCCUCUCUCCUGUCGUCCAGUCUGGUCUAUCACUUCUGUAGGAGAACAGCUAAAGAUAUCCACGAGGAAGGAUCUAAUUCCAGUGAUCGCACAAGAGGAAAUCAGGACGGAGACGUGUGUUACGCUGCACUGGAAAUCCGACAGCCCACACAGAGACCAAAGAGGAAGAAAACACAGAGUUCUGACUUCAGCACCUAUUCUGACAUCAACACGUGCAGGUCGUAAAGUGUGAUGUGAUGGAACAUAAGUAAACGUUUGACAGCUUUAUCAGUAAACCCACAGCCUCAUCCUUUGUCUGUGGUGGUGAUAUCUGACGGGUGUGGACUAACAACAGUGUGAUGUCGAGUCAACAUUCACAUUCAACCUAAUCUGCAUGUCUAUGGACAGGAAGUGACAACAGACAGAAUAAACACCUGUACGUGUGAACUACGAAAAAAUGUUCACCAUAUAUAUAUAUGAUUAUACGAAACGCUGUUGAAACAGAAGUGACACAAUGACACAAAGCAACACAACAACAGACAUAUUCUGCAUUUUUUGCAGCCAUAUAAUACUGUGCUGAAUCUAUUUCUCUGGAGCAGUUUAAAACAAAAAUACAAAAAAUAUACAAAAGAGACGAUUACUACCUCAGUAAAAUAAUUUGUGCUGACGACACAAAAUAUGUGAACAAAACCAGAGGACAGGCCCGGUCGAGGGCCUGGGCGUGUCGAUCCCCUGCAGUGCAGACUAGCUCUGUGGAUAUGUAAAAUAUAAGAUUCAGAUCAUAAGCCUUCAGGCUGUAUAAUAAUGUAUAAAGCAGUGUAUCACUACUCACUAGCUACAGGGUUUCCACUCGGUCAAGUAAAAUAAAAUGGAAUAUUCUGAAUUCAAUGUCUUAAAUAUGUUCAAAUAUUGCGUACUAGGUCUUCAAUACAUUUAGGUAGGUCUGUUAUAUGUUAACAUUAUUUUAAUGCUACUUCCUAUGUGCUUUAAAAUGAGUUGUGUCUUGUUUUGUCUCAGUGUUGUAGUUCUUUCUGAACGAUAUUUCCAAGCUUUGUGGAUUUUAGUUUUGCUGAUGCAGGAAGUGUAUUUUGUGAAGUAUUGUAAAAGAAGAUUAAACUACAAACAAGAGGAACUGAAAAGUCAGAACGGGUCCGAAUUACUCUCGUUUUCUAUGUGGGAAAGACUAUUCUGUCACUGUGAGAAUCCUGGUCGGUGUUUUUUUUUUAUGUGAAAUGAUUCAUUUUCAGGGCAACAACAGCAGAAAACCACACAAAGCUUUGUUGACCUCUAUCACUAAGGGAAGCUCUGCAUAAGAGUCCACUGUGAAUGAUGCGUUGGUAGAACUCACUCGAAUGCCCCUGCGAUGUGUUGUGAAUGUGUGUGUGGCAGCUUCCUGUUUCUAUUUGGACUUUCAAUUAUCUCAAAAGAAGUAAAAAUUAAAAAAAAACACAGUGAACAUGUGAUCUCCUGUUCUCCUCCAGAGUAAAACAGUCUGUGUUCUUGUCAAACCUCCACUGCACAGGCUGCAUGAGGUGAUCGGGUCAGAGUAAAUCCCUCCUCGUAUCUGUGCAUUAUUUUUUGCAGAUCUGUCAGCCGUGUUUAGUUUUUUUUUUGUGUGUAACUGAAAUAGAAUGAGUUCUGAGGGACAGCUGGCAGGUCAGGGGUGAGUUGGGCACCACUUAGUGUCUAAACUGGGAAGUGCAGUACAGUGGCCAUAGUACAUUACAUUAUAUUUCGUUUAGCUGACGCUUUUAUCCGAAGCGACUAAAGGCCGGCGCAUGCUUCUGUGUUUUCAGGGACAAGCAAGCACCCUUCUUGCGUGCUAGCGUGCGUCGCCCAAUUUUUCAUCAUCCUUUCCGGAGUCGCAUUUCCGGUUUCAUGCCCCAUAAUACCGGCAGAAACCACGGAAGACUUAGAAGAACAAAUAUGGACCAAAUAGAAGAGCGUUUGGCAGAAGAGAUCCGAAAGUAUGAUGACUUGUAUAACCCGUCAUUUACUGGCGGAUUUGUCCGCAACCCUUGGAGAACCAUAAAUUAAAACAAGUCCGUCGACACAGCUGCAUGAAAAGCGCAUUCAACCCUGAGGGUAAAAAGCCAGAACAACAAGAGUCCAGUAAGUACAAUUUCUUCAAAAAUAAAGUAAACAUACAAAGUUCUAUAAGUAAGUGCCAUUUAAGUGCUACUAAAUUGUUAGUUUAAAAAAAAAAGUUGAUGAUGCGGGCCAAUUAAAAAUGCAUGGCGGGCUGCAGUUGGCCCGCGGACCGUAGUUUGCACACCCCUGCCUUAGACAAAACAAAAGAAGAAAAGAAAAAAAAAAGAAACCGCACAAUAAAAAAAUGCCCAUUCAACGAGCCAAUCACCACGGACAUUGCCUUUAAAGGAAAAGUCUGUACAGGUUAUAUAUCUGCAGUGCGAUGUCGCGUUGCGUCUUUUAGCUGUUUUUCAACUACGGUCAUCUCCAGACAUGGAUGGGCUCCAAAUUGUUCUCAUCGUUCUCUUCGAAGUUGUUUCCUGCAGUCGCCAUGAAAUUACUGGAUCGCUGUCAGAGGUGACGGUCAGACGAGGAGACAACGUCACCGUCUACUGUGACUGCAAACUGUCCACCGGGGUUUACAUCGUGUGGUACAGGAACUGUUCCCACGAGAACCAGCCCACUCUCGCUCUUAAAGCAAAACCUAAUUAUUUGGUUGAUUUUCAGUUUUUGAAGAACUUUACUUCUAACUCCUUUGACCUGCUGAUCAUUAACGUCACCGAGUCUGAUGAGGGGCUUUACUACUGUGGCAAUGAGGAGAUGAAGGUGGUGGACACGGAAAGGAUCAUCCCCAAAUAUUUUCAAAGUUACGGCAAAGGGACAACAAGGAUCCUACUGACUUCCAGGGAUGACCACAGUGGAUGCAGCUCGAGCAGUGGCUUUGCGUCCUGGAGGCUGGUGGUGUUGGCGCCAGCCGUCGCUAUUCUCUCCUCUCUCCUCUCCUUUAUUUUGGUUCACCACUUCUGUCAGAAAUCAGAUAAAGAGCCUCAGGUUCAGAGAAGCAGAACAAACAGAAGCAGGAGGAAGAUACGUGUUUAACACAAGUCGUGUUCCAUAGAAAGGACGGAUACAAACAGCAGCAGACAGAGGAUGGAGAGUACACCACCUUUGUUCAGGCAGCAAACAGAAUUUAAAUAGUUUCAGAAUUCUGAAUGUUUGAAUUUAGGUCAGCCGUUUUUAGGCUCUCAAGCAAACGUAAAGACCGUUGACCUAAAUCCGUGUUGGUCCUUUGGUUUAAGACGCACAGUGCUUUUCAAACCACAAAGAGGGCCGAUACACUGACCAGCUACAUUCACAUUUUCACUGGGUUAUAUUUACUUUUUCUAUAAUAACUGUUGUGACAUUGUUCUCCCUGAACUGGUUAACCUCAAAGUUUUCUAACUGUGAUUGACUGUUGUCUUUAUUAUAACAUUUGGAAACAAUGUCCCCCGCUGAAUUCUCUCCUGUGCGCUUUGCGCGAAUAAAAACAAAAUAUAUAAUAAAUAUUAUAACGACAGUAAAAGGUUUCUUUCUUGUUAUGUAGACAAUUUCAAGUUAUUUAUCUAUUUAAUUAUGAGAUAAUAUCACAUACAUUUCUGAUUUAACUCAUUUAUGUAGCAAGUAGUCACUAUGUAAUAUACAGAUGAUACAGGAUGUCCAAUGUUGGCUGUGAAAACACAAUGCACAAUGUUAAAAUGAUUAUUAAAUGAACAAAGAAAUUAAAAUAACAGAAUAAAAUUGAAUAUAAUGUACACAAAUAUAUCGGCCAUUAGGCUAUAUGGGCAGCAUGACUCAGGAUGUAGAACUGUCAAACAAUCAGAAAGUUCCUGGUUUGAUCCCCAGCUGCUUCAGAGAACUUGUUGAAGUGCCCUUGAGCAUGACACUUAACACUAAGUGCUCGUAAAGUUGUCAUCAGUGAAGGAACAAGUUAGUGGGAAUAGAUGAAUGGGACAAAUUAUCCAUUGAUUAGAAAAGUAAAUGUAUUUAUCUACAGUAUUGUAUAUUUUUGUCGGGCCAAUAUGUUUUAU